GAAUUUCUUUAUCUUGCUAUAUCCAGAGCCUCUCCCUACCUGAAAGACAGGAUGAGCUUCAAGACCCUUCCCAUGCUCCUGCAGCUGGCGAGAAGAAGCCUGCUGAAAGAUGAAGCCUUAACCAUCUCUGCUCUUCAGGACCUGCCCAUGGAGCUGUUCCCACCACUCUUCAAGGAUGCAUUCAUUAGCAAACAAACUAACAUUCUGAGGGAGAUGGUGGCAGCCUGGCCCUUCCCAUGCCUUCCUGUGGGAGCCCUGAUGACAACUCCAGACUUGGACAUCUUGAAGGCUGUGCUGGGUGGCCUGGAUUUGCUGAUGACACAAAAAGUUCGACCCAGGAGGUGGAAACUACAGGUCCUUGAUUUACGAGAUGCCAACCAUGAUUUCUGGAAUGUGUGGGCUGGAAUAGAGGAUGGUGUCCGCCUUCCAGACAUUAGGCAGCCACAACCUUUGAUGUAUCAUCCCAAACAAAAGGGAAAACAGUCUUUGACUGUGAGGAUAAACCUUUCUCUGAAUCCUAGUCACAUAAGUAAAUACAAUGAAUAUUUUUAUCAGUGGGCAAAGGAGAGAAAAGAUGUAGUACAGGUGAACUGUCAGAAGAUGGAGAUUUGGACCAACCCUGUCUACCACCCACCUUAUCUUCAGGAUGUAGUUGAGCUAAGUUCUAUCCAGGAGUUGGAAGUGUAUAAACACUGCGACCUAAACACCCUUGUAACAAUAGCCCCUAAUUUGGGCCAGAUGAUAAACCUUCAAAAACUCCUUCUCAAUGAUAUCCACAUAUCUUUCAACUGGAUUGGAAAUAAAGAGAUGGAAGACUGGUGUUUAAUUAUGAUCAUUCCCCAAUUCUCCAAACUACAGAAGCUCCAGCAUCUUUAUUUGAAUGAUGUGUGCUUUGUGAAUGAACGCCUGGACCAAGUGCUCAGGUGCUUAGGGAGUCCCUUAGAGACCCUUGCAAUCACUCGAUGUAAGCUGUCAGAGUCAGAUAUGAGUUGUCUAUCUGAGUGUCCAAGAGUGCAUCAGCUCAGAUACCUGGAUCUGAGUGGCAACGACUUUAUAAAUUCAAGUCAUGAAUUUCUUGGAAGACUUCUAGAAAGACUGACAGCUACACUGCAGAAGCUAGGAUUGAAGGGCUGUAUGUUCACGGACUUCCAAAUUGAUGUCCUCCUACCUGCUCUGAGCCAAUGCUCCCAGCUCACUGAGGUCAAUUUUCAGAUGAACUUCUUAUCUAUGGACAGCCUGAAGAAGCUUCUGCAGCAUACUGCUAACCUGAGACAACUGACCAGGGAAAUGUACCCUGCCCCCUAUGAGGUCUAUGAUGAAUUUGGUAAUGUCCUCCCACAAAGAUUUGUACAACAGUGCUCUGAGCUAUUGGCCACACUCAAGGAUAUAAGGCAGCCAAAGAAGAUCUGUUUUGUGAGUAAUAUUUGUGCAGUUUGUGGAGGAUUCUGGGUCUAUGACUUCGGCGCCACAUUAUGUUUCUGUUGGCAAUGA